AUGAAUAAUAGGAUUUAUCCAAUUAAGAGUCACAACCAUUUAAUCUUUAAGAAAGUCUAAGAUUAAGCCUUCUAUGAUUACAAUAUAGGAAGAAGAGGACGUCAAGUUUUAUCCUUACCAUCAUGGAUAAAAUUAUUCAUUUAUUUCAAAGUUGGCCUUUUUAGAUUUAACAGCAUAUUCAUUAUUUCUGAAAAAAAAUAUUUUGGAGCAAAGGUGAUAAAAUCAAUGAAAAGCAUUUACCAAAAUUAUCAGAUUUUGAGGAUUUAAAAUAAACCAAUAAAAUAAAAAAAAUAAAUUAAAUUAGGUGAUUUAGUGAAGAUAAUAUUUUUUGGAUAAUUAAAGUGGCUUAGUGUAGGAUGUUUUUUCUGCCAUUUUUUUGAAGCUGUUGCCAGAAAUGGAGUAUCAAUGGUGAUGAGUAAAGUAAUAAUAAGUGCCGAGAAAGAUGAAAAAGAUAUGGCAUACGGAUUUGCUGUUUUAUUAGUAUUUCUAAAUCUCAUAUGUUUUUUAAUGAUGCAUCAUGGUUAUAAUUUUGCAAUGAUCUUUUCAUCAAAAGCAAGAAUGACUUUAAUCAAUUUAGUUUACUAAAAAUUAACUGAAUUAAGUGCAUAUUCUAUUGUGUAAGCCAAUAUAGGUAAAAUAUUAAACUUGGUUUCUGGUGAUAUUAAUUAACUUGAAUAUGUUUUCAUUACCAUAUACUAUAGCAGCGUAUGCUUUGUUUCAAUGAUUUUUGGGUGUUACAUAUUAUGGGAUAGAUUUGAUGGACCUAUUGGAAUUAUAGCAUUUGCUAUCAUUUUUCUAGUCUAUCCAAUUUAGAUAGCACUUUAAUCUUUUAAUUCAGAAACUAUAAAAAACUCAAAGCCAUAUCAAGAUUAAAGGUUAAAAUUGACGAAUGAGCUUAUUGAAGGUAUAAGACUAAUUAAAAUGUAUGCAUGGGAGCAAGCCUUUUUUAAAAUGAUUUCAAUAAUGAGAAACAAAGAAUAUGUUUGCCUGUUAAAAAUCAAUUUUCGAUCAGCCUUAGAUAGAUUGUUCAGUUUAAUUUCUUAGAUUUGGUCUAGCUUUAUAUUUUUUGUUAUUUUGUAUUACGGAGGCUUCAGAAAAAAUAUGAAAUGUAGCUGA